ACUCAGCCGGUCGACCGGCGCAGAGUAGCGGCCCAACUGAAAACGAAUCACCUCCACGUCAAAGGAAAACGAAUCACCUCUCCACGACGCCACCCGCAUCGACAACUCAAAACCCGUCGCCUCACUGUCACCGACCCCGGCGAUCACCGGCGAACAAGGGACCAGUAUACUUCUCUCUCCAAACGCGAAGAUGGACGAAGGGAAUGUGGCGCAGCAGCUCAAGCAGAUGACGGACUUCAUCCGCUUGGAAGCCGUCGAGAAGGCAUUCGAGAUCGAGGCCGCCGCCGCCGAGGAAUUCCAAAUCGAGAAACUACAACUGGUGGAAGCUGAAAAGAAGAAGAUCAGGCAGGACUAUGAAAAGAAAGAGAAACAAGUUGAUAUCAAGAAGAAAAUCGAAUACUCAAUGCAGCUCAAUGCUUCCCGAAUUGAAGUUCUUCAAGCUCAAGAUGAUUUAGUAAAGUCCGUGAUGGAUUCAGCACGGAAAGAGCUACUGUACCAAAGCCGAGACCAUCAAUCUUACAAGAAACUUCUCAGGAUACUUAUUGUUCAGAGCUUGCUGCGUCUGAAAGAGUCGGCGGUCAUUCUCCGCUGCAGGAAGGAGGAUCUUGAGCUUGUUGAAUCGGUCUUGGAAUCUGCGAGGAAUGAGUAUGCAGAAAAGGAAAAUGUAUAUCCGCCUGAAAUCAUGGUAGACCGCCAUGUCUAUCUGCCGCCUGCUCCCAGUCAUUACAAGGAACAUGACCUGUCCUGCUCUGGUGGAGUUGUAAUGGCUUCUCAAGACGGAAAAAUCGUCUUUGAGAACACGUUGGAUGCUAGACUAGAAGUGGUUUUCAGAAAGAAGCUGCCAGAGAUCCGUCAAAGCCUUAUUGGGCAGGUAGCUGCAUGAACAAUUCUUGUAAACAGAAUGCUGCACAGUUGCUGCUCGGCACCUCUUGAUGAUGAUCUUCGAGAAAUCAUUUUUGUGGUUCACCAGUAAUUUACACAGGCUCACUCUUUUGGUCAGGGGGAAGAACCCUUUGUCACUGAUAACUCGAGACUUAAUUAUGCCACGCAAGCAUAAUAAGAUGAACUACAGCAUUGGGCGAUUUCUCUUAAUAAGGCGUCGAUUUGUGUAGUGAAGCCAUUUAUGUGUACACGUAAUUUGUUACCUUGAUGAAAUUGGUCUCUUCGAUUUUCAUAUAUCUGAUCUAGAAGAAGUGUUGACUAA